UUUCAACGCGUUCGGGUUUUUAGGCCAUUUAUUUAUUCGCUAUUAAUGCGAAUGUAAAUCUGAAUUGUAGAGUUAAUUUAGUGUGCACGAGUGCAAGGAAAAAGACUACUUCAAUCUGGAGAAAUUUUAGCCGCGUGCGCCCAUUAAACGACAGCGCGUUUCAUUUUCUUUCGCAUUUUUUCCUUAUUUUUUCGCAUCCUCAGCCCCCGUCGGUGUGUUGGUGUUGGUGCACGCGAGUGUGUGUGUGUUUCUGCCGCCAAUCCAAAACGGAAGCGUAAAAAUGGAUGUGGCUAAGCUGGAUAAAAUGAAGGUGGUGGACUUGCGCAACGAGCUACAAACGCGCGGUCUGGACACCAAAGGAGUCAAAGCCGUGCUCAUUGAGCGCCUCCGGGCACAUGUCGAUGGUGGCGGAGCCGGCGACGGAGAUGGCGCACCAGUCACAACAAGCCGAUGUCAGCGUCGCACGCGCUCAAUGUCCCGCUCUCCCUCUCCCGUUGCAGCUGCACCCGUCGCCACAGAGCCAGAGCUCGAGACCCUGGAAGAGGAAGACCAGGCAGGAGAACCAGCCGCAGCCGCCGAGAAGCCGCAGUCAGAGUCGGAUAUCGAGGCGGACACAGUCGAGUCCGAAGCUGCCAAUGAUGAGGAGAAGCCACAAGCCAGAGAACCUGAGGCAAACGACGAGGCAGAGACAGAGGAAGCCGAUGAAGCCACUACCGUAAUAGGCCAAGAAGCAGACGAGCCGAUGGAGCAGCCGCUCCAAGCAGAGCAGGCUGUCUCAGAGGAGGCCGCAGAGGUCCCAGCUGAGAAGGCUGAGCCGGCGACAAACGGCGACAGCCAGAAAAUGGACGUCGAUGAGGAGGAGACGCCUGCUGCCCCCAAGGCGGAAGAAGCACAGGAAAAGUCUGAGGACCAGCCUCAUGAGCGUCGCAAACGCUCGCACAGUCGGUCGCGCUCCCGCAGUGGCUCCCGCUCGCCCAAGCAUCGCAACAGCGGCGGAGAGAAGCGCGAGCCCAAGCCAGCUGCCGAGGAGCGCACGGUGCCAGAGGAUGAGCCCACGAUCGAGGAGAAUAAAGUGGGACUAAGCUGGCUGGACUCCGAUUUGCAUCUUCGCAUCGAUCCGUCCACAUUUGCUUCGGCCAAGCCCCUGACAUCUGAGAUUUAUUCCCUGAUUUGGUCUGGAGCUCGCGCCAACUACGGAGUGCGCGAUGGUAAGGUCUGCUUUGAGGUGCGCCUCGCUGAGGAAUCGCAGCCGGAAAAUUCGCAUCAUUUCCGGGAUGAGCCGCAUGUGCGCGGCUUUCGCGUUGGCUUCUCGAAGCCGACGACUUCGCUGCUCUUAGGCGAAGCCGAACAUUCCUUUGGCUACUGCGAGACCGGACGCAAGGCCAAUGAGGGUGAGUUCGUAGACUAUGGCAAGCCCUACCAGCUGGACGACGUCAUUGGAUGCUAUCUGGAUCUGGAGAGCGAGCCGUGCACCAUCAAGUAUACCCUCAAUGGAGAGGAUCUGGGGGUGGCAUUUGAGUUCGAGAAGGGCAUCCUGGGCGAGAAGGAGGCCCUCUUUCCGCAUAUUGUGACCAAGGGCUACGAGUACACGGUCAACCUCUCGGAUGGCGAGCAGCUGCUGGUGAACGCUGAGAGGCCAACGCGCAAGCGCCGCAAGCAUCGCAAGGAAGAGGAUAAGGACGACGACAAACAUGAUAACGAUGGCGAAAAGUGGAAGGUUCUGGACGAGGCCACCGCCGACGACGAUGAGGUCGAGAAAAAGGAUGAUGAUGCGAAGACAUCUUCGGAAAAGGCCGAUGAGGAGGAUUCUGAUAAACGAGAGAAAUCCGAAGAGGAAGAAAAACCGGCACCAAAGGUGGAGACAGAAGCAGAGGAAGAGGCAAAGAUCACAACAGAAGAUGUUGAAAAGAAGCCAGAAGCUACUGAAACUGUGGAAACAGCUGAGCCAUCAUCUACUGAAGCCUCUGGGGAGACAGAAGCAGUUUCGAAUGGCGAUGCCAACGCUGAGAAGGCAAGUGAGGAGGCACCAUCAGAGGAACAGAAAUCCUCGACCGCCAAUGAUGAAGAGGACGACGAUGGACCCUCGCCCAACAAGCGCAUCAAGACCGACGAAGACUCCGAAAAGACGGAGACUGCGAAGGAAAAGGAAGAGGAUAAGUCACAGUCGCGUGAUGAUGAGUACGAGGAAGUGGUUCCCGAACCCAGAGAUACAGUCGCUCUGCUGUCGGACUACGUGCUGAUUGGCCUGGUGGCUGUGGAGCAACUGAUUGCCGGACCACAACGCGCCGGUUCGCGCAAGGCGUGCGAGGUCAUUCUUCUAGUGGGUCUGCCCGGUGCCGGCAAAACCCACUGGACCCACAAGCAGGUGGCAGAUAACGCUGACAAGCGGUACGAGGUCAUUGGACCCGAUUCAAUCAUAGCCAAGAUGACGAUCGAUGGCGCCUCUCGCAAGACGGUGCACAUGGGCCGUUGGGAUAAGGUGCUGGAGAUAUGCUUGAAUAGCUUGGGAGCCCUAGAAGAUAUCGCCAUGAAGCGGCGUCGCAAUUUCAUCCUCGAUCAGACGAAUGCCUAUGCCUCGGCCCAGCGACGUAAAAUGAAGGGUUUCAACGACUUCAAGCGCAUUGCGGUCGUUUGCAUACCCGGCGAAGAUGAGUUGAAACGUCGGAUCGCCGAAAAAGAGGAAAAGGGAAAUGCUUUUACAGUUAAAGAAUCAACAAUAAAUAACUUACGAGCUAACUUCACUCUGCCCUCGCUGGAGUUUGGCUGGUUCGAUGACAUAAUCUACACGGAGCUGAGCGGCGACGAGGCCAAGAGCGAGGUCAAGAAGUACAACGAGAAGGGAAAGAAGGCUAUCGAUGCGGACAGGUCCAGGGACAAGCGAUCUCGGGGCGGCCGCGACAAUUACCGACGUGACGAGCGCAACCGCAAUCGCUACAACGAUGAUCGUCGCCGGGAAUAUGGCGGACAGCGACACGAAAGCCGAUGGAAUGACUCGAGGCGCGGUGGCGGUGGUGGCGGAGGUUACUCCAGCAACAGUGGCGGUGGCGGCGGGGGCAGCCGUGGCUAUGACAAUCGCCGGACCAGCUAUGGAGGUGGCGGCGGAGGCGGGGGCGGUGGUGGCCAACAGAACUGGAUGCAGAACAAUCGCAGGAGCGGCUACGACGACCGUGGCUAUGGAGGUGGCGGCGGCGGCGGCGGUGGUGCCGGAGGCGGCAGUCGUGGCUAUGACAACCGUAAUCGUGGGUACACUGGCGGCAGCGGAGGUGGCGGCGGAGGAGGCGGAGGCGGCGGCCAGCAAAACUGGAUGCAGAACAACCGCCGAAGCGGGUACGAUGAUCGUGUAUACGGUAGCUCGCGAGACUAUCGCGAUCGAGAUCGCGGCAAUGAUCGCAGCCGAAUAGGCAGUACGGAUCGGAAUCGCGGAAGCAGCCAGAGUAGCUACCGCUCCGGAGGAGGCACUCAUCAACAACGGGAUUUUCGGCCUGGCCACCGCGACACCAAAGAAGAUAGUCGCGGUGGCUAUGAGCGGUCAGCUGCCCAAUCUGGCAACAAUUCGGCCGGAAGAGGCGUAGGAGGAGGUGGCGGUGUGUACGAUCAGUACAAGCAGCAAACGAGUGGGACAGCCGGCGGCGGCAAGUCCUCUCUAAGCGGCAAGUGGAGCACCUAUACCCAGCAGCAACAGCAGCCGCAUCAGACAGGAGUCUGGCAGCAGCAACAGCAGCAGCCGUCACAACAGUACCCACAGCAGCAGCAGCAACAGACCGCCGGCCAGCAACCAUAUUGGGGAUAUAAUCAGAUGCAGGCUGGUUAUGGAAACCAGCAGCAGCAAGCAUGGCAGGGUGCCGAUCCACAGCAACAACAACAGUGGAUGUCCUGGUGGCAGCAACAGGCACAGGGCUCUGGCGGAGCAGCGGUCGGUAAUGCCAGUGGAGGCGCGAGCGGCAGUGUAGGAGGCGUCGCUGGCAAUAAUGAUGGCGCCAAUCAUUAUUGGUCUCAAUAUUCAUACUCCACACAGUCCAAUUCUGGCGCCGACAAGAAGUAGCAUCCUGCACUCCCGCCCCUCUGUCCGUCUGUCAACAGGCAAAUCUUCAUUUGGACAGAAGCAAAGAAAAAAUGAACUAAACUAAACCUUACAUGAUAGUUUUUAAACAUUAACAAACCGAUUAAAACAAAAAUUAACCUUA